AUAUUGAAUGUGGUCUAUGGCCUGAAUCGGAUGGACAGUGAACUGCACCACGUUCUGCUCUCGGUGGACGUGAGAGGCUCGUACAAGAAAACCUCCAGAUACUUGAAACUCACCAUCUUCGGCACCAUCUCUUACAUAAUAGUGUGUUUCUGCUUGGACGUGGUGCUCUUCUGGGAGAAGGACUUUUGGUACAGCUCGAUGCUCGCGCUCGCAUUCAUCUGCCCCAAAUUGAUCACCACUUUUGUCAUCAUCCAGUUCUGUUUCCUCAACGCAAUGCUGAAGAUGCGCUUCGAACUGAUCAAUCUGAAACUGGCAAACGUCACCCGGACGAUAGACACGCUGAACUGCAUUGAGGGAAGUCACAUCUGCUUGGAGAACGUCGACAAGAGAUGCAACUCGGUGAAUCCGACUUUUCCCAAAGUCUUUUCCAGUUGGAAAUUGGUGGACGUCGUCGACGGCGUCCGCAGGAGGCAUUACAGAUUGUGCGACAUCUGCUCGGAGCUGAAUUCCGCCUACUCCGUGCAAAUACUCUUCACGUCUCUUCAGGUCUUCGUCACCCUCUUGGCGAGUCUCUUCUAUUGCAUCAAAGGCGUCACAACUAACGAGGAACUCCCGGACAUCCUCGUUCCCUACACCCUGAACGUGGCCUUCUUAUCCCUAUCGCAAAUCGGAGCCGUGGCUUUCGUUUGUUCCAGAACCUACUGCGAAGCGCGCAAAACCGGAAGCAUCAUCCACAGAGUAGUACCGUACACCAAUGAUUUAGAAGUGGAGUUGCUCUACUUUUCCAUCCAGCUACUCCAUCACAACGUCGACUUCACAGCGUGCAGGAUGUUCAAACUUGACGAAAGCCUCGUCCUAUCUAUGGUCGGCAUAAUCUGCACGUAUCUUGUCAUCGUCGUUCAAUUCGAAUUCGCCAGCCAGGAUAACAUGAAAUAA